AAAGUCACAAAAAACAAAGUCAUACAUGUCAUAUAAAAAAUACACGUCACGAAAGAUUCAAGUGCUACCAAAAAUAUAAUGAAAUGAACGAGUUACUGCAAAAGCAUGGAUGUUCCAAUGUGUUCACCGUCCCUGAGGGACUCAAGGAGCUCAUGUCAGAUAUCACACGUGAGGUGCUACGCUGGCAGCCAGCCAAACUCCUGGACUUCAUAGCGAACUACCUGUCAGCAUUACUGAUCACCCGCGAGCACGGCAUCAUGGCUGUCAAGAUCCUCGACGACCUCUGUGACUGCCGGCCGACCGUCUCUGAACAUCUUCUGCAACUUGGUAUGGAGAAAGAAGAAGCUGAUGAACUAGCUAACAUCAUAAAGAAUGAGAUUGAAGGUCACCAGCCCGUUGAAGGGAAAGAAAAAGUGAAAGAAACUGCAAUACUAAAGAAGGUAUUAGCCAGAUACCCUCUUGACGAAGAAAUGUCUGCAAAGGUCUGUCAGGUGGCCAGAAACGCAUACCGUGAUUACUGGUACAGAAAGAAUAUGAUGAAGAAGGGCAUUAAGAUGCAGCCAGAGGAAGCAUGGCAAAAGGCAGCUACUAAUACUUUGGAGUUGUAUAAGAAAACGAAACCUUCCAUAAGUGAACUUCAACGGGCUACUGUGAAAAUACAGGCUGCCUACCGAGGAUACCACGUCCGUAGAAACGUGUUGAAACACUUGAUGCCGCAGCAAAAGAAGAAGAAGCCAGGCCGUAAGGUGGAAAUGCCAGGUCCGCCGCUAGACAUCGCCACCUCCAGGGAAAUAGACCUGGGUCCUGUUAUAAAUAUCAGAAUCAAAGAAGAUGACGUCGGUGGUAUGUUUGAUGAGGAGAACAAAAAGAAACUUGGUCUCAAUUACGACCCAACAAGGACCAUCACUCAAAUAGAUGACGAUGAGUUUCUUAAAGAAAAGACUGCUAAACACGUGGGUGGUUUUGGAGACACUCCAAAAGGACCCAAAUUCCAAGUCUUGGAAGCUACUCUGUCGAAGCCAAGCUUCACUGCAACGGAAGAAGUAUCCGUGAUGUCUGAUCGGGACAAGGAUGGGAAGCCUAUUCCUGAUAUAUAUCCAAUUACUCAUCCAAGAAUUUCAUUUGCCGAGGCUCCACCGUUGAUAAUAAAGACUCCAGAUGAAGACUUUCUGGAAGUACCAGAGAUGCUGGAUGAUCAAGGAGUAGAACCGCUGGUCAUUCCACCUGGAGCCUUCGAAAUACCUGAAGAGUUGAUAGAGGAUUCAAUCAUUGCAUCUGCUCGCACUGUUGAAGAUGAAGAAUAGUCAACUUUAUGUUUCGUGUAUGAGAGUUUUAUUUUGUUGCAUUAUUUUCUUGUUGUCUUGAAUGCUUUGUAUUGAUUGUACUUAAUUUUGUGUUUGUGUUUUAUUUGAUAAUUUCUAAAGCAUGGCAUACUAGAUGUUUAUUUAUUUUUCAUUGUCAUGCAAAAUUGUUGUCAAUAAAUUGAUUGAAACCAAAG